UCAUGCUGCUGCCAGGUCCAGAGUGUGUCAUGGGUCCCUGUACGGCCUCCCAUUGCUGCUGUCUCCAUUGCCACACUCUGCCAUGUGCCACUUUCAGGUCUCCUCACACUGCUGGUUGGUUCCAUUUUGUCAUAGGGUGCUGGCAGAUUACGGGCCUCCCAUUGCUGCUGCCAGGCCCGUAAUCUGUCAUGGGCCCCUGUACCGCCUCCUCAUGCUGCUGCCAGGUCCAGAGUGUCUCAUGGGUCCCUGUACGGCCUCCCAUUGCUGCUGUCUCCAUCGCCACACUCUGCCAUGUGCCACUUUCAGGUCUCCUCACACUGCUGGUGGGUUCCAUUUUGUC